CGAGCGAGCAAGCACAUGGGGUGUGAGUGCGGGCACCGGGCAUCAGCAGCUGGGCAGAGAAGCUCUGAGCUGGACACAGCUGCUCCAGCUCUCAGUGCUUGGCAUGGCCCGGGCCAGGCCUGGUCUCUUGUGAGGACCGUGGACAAAGGGGAAGGAGCCAGCGGCAAACGCCGGAAAGCCCCUUUGCAACAGGCUUUAGGGCCGGGGCUGUUUGCAUGGGGUGCGGAUGGGCUGGGAGGGGAGCCCGAGGCCCCGAGCUCGGGAGCCAGAGCCUGGCCCUGGCAAGUGCUGACACCAGCUGUUCCCCGGGAGCCUUUGUUUUGCAACGCAGCCCCCGGGCUGGCCUGGCCUGGCUUGGCGGAGGAGCCGGUCAGCUGGUCCCGGUGCUUUCACAACCCAAACCUCAAGCUGGAAGAAGAAAACCGCGGGGAAGGCUGGGGGGGCCGUGGUGCUGGCAAAACAAAGCGUUUCUCAGCUCAGCUGGGGGAUGUUUGUGUGGAAACAAGGAGCUGGCCAUGGGGGCCCUGCGAGGAAGGGGGUUACUGCCGGUUGCAGCCAACCCCAGGGACGAUGCGGCCCGCAGUUUCCAUCGCUCUGGCCCUUGUGGCUCUGCUGGUCCUGGCAGACUCUGCCCAGUCGGAGCCAGGGGAGCCGACCCUGAUGCAAAAGCUGGAGCAGUUCAAGGAGAAUGUGAAGGACUUCGCUGACACCAUUGGGGAGAAGACCAAGGCAGCCUUGCAGGAGCUGCGUGACAGCGAGUUCAGCACCAAGACCCGGAACUGGUUCUCUGAGCACUUCAAGAAGGUGAAGGAGAAGCUCAAGGACACGUUUGCCUAGGACUGGCCCGAUUCAGUGGGGGAAUGGGGGUCUCCAGGCAGCCCCCAGCCAUGCCCAGUAUCUCGCUGGUGGCCUUGUUCCUGCCUCCCUCGCUCUGUAGCCAUGAAUUAAAGCACUGCUGCCUUCGUAUCCUGG